AUUAGCUCGCAGUAUAGAUAAGAAUAGAUAAGAUCCUAAUAUUUAGGAUCUGUAACAAACUCUAGUUUAUCUGUAAACUUGUAUAUAUAUCAUUGCCGGAUGGCUCAAUAAUACAUGGAAGAUUUAUUCUUCAAACCUACAUGGUAUCAGAGCUUUGUUGUUUAAAACACCAUAAUGGUGGACACUGAACACUCUGAAUCCUCCACCCACUCACAAACCCAUCAUCCUAACCCCCAAAUUAGCCAAAUGACAAAUUAUCAGGCCUCGGUUAAUUCAUCUAUGCUCAUUACUGGACAUAGAUUGAAUGGAACCAACUACCUAGAGUGGUCACAAUCUGUCAAACUGGCAAUAGAUGGAAGAGGAAAACUGGGAUACAUAACAGGUGAAGUAGAGGAGAAGAAGAAUGGUGAAGAUGGCUACAAUGUCGGGAGGUCAGAGAACUCUUUGGUAACAGCCUGGCUUCUCAGUUCAAUGGAUGCAUCAAUUGCCAAACCUCACAUGUUCAUGAGAACUGCAAAAGAGGAAUGAAUAGAGACCUAGAUGAAGUAAAAGGCAGAAUACUGGGGAAGAAACCCUUGGCCUCAAUCAGAGAGGUAUUCUCUGAGAUCAGGUUGGAAGAUAGCAGGAGGAGGGUCAUGUACAACACUCCAGUACCUAUUGAGGAACCUGGGGAAUCUUCAGCUUUGGUGGCCAGAAGUGAUGACAACAAGAAAAAACCUUGGUGUGAUCACUGCAAGAAACUGUGGCACACAAGGGAUACAUGCUGGAAACUCCAUGGAAAAC